UUGCUUGAAUCAGCUUCGUGCUCUAUUAUGGCGGAAUACGAUGACGGUAGUGCGAGAGCCAACUUUGCUCAAAGUUCAACUCGUGCAAUCAAUCUUGAUUGCGGUUCUCACGGGAAUAAUCUACUUGAACGACUCAUACACGCAAGAAAAGGUAGCGAACAUCAACGGAUCGCUGUUUCAAAUGGUCUCCACCAUGGCCUUCAUGUUUCAGUUCAGUGUAGUACAUCACUUCUGCUCGGAAAUCCACACUUUUUUUCGCGAAUACAGCUCAGGACUGUAUAACGUUAGCUCCUACUUUAUAGCAAAAAACCUAGCAGAAGUUCGUUUUUUUAUAAUCCGUCUUGACUGGCCGUCUUUUAUGAAAACAUUGUUGCAGCUGCCAAACUUCACCUUAUCUGCGCUGAUAUUUGGUACAAUUCUCUAUUGGAUGUCUCGAUUGACGCCACUUUGGGAUACCUUCCUCUUUUAUUUACUUGUCGCGAUACUCGUUCAAAAUACCGCAAUCUCAAUUGGUGAAUUCGUCACCGUGACUCCACCCAUCCCCCUCGAUCACUUUAUCCCAUUACACGAUUCCGGUAUUGAUCCUAUCUGUGUUACCGAUCAUCUUGAGGAUCUGAUCACAUAAGC